UAAUAACACAAAACUGCAACCUCAGUCCCUCCCCCUAUCUCUAUCCCUUUUCACGUUCUCGACAUCCACUCUUACUCAGUUCCACCUUCCCACAGACCCAGCCUUCACUUCUCCACCUGCUUUAGCAUCGCCCCUUCUUCUUCUCUGCCUCUCAUCUGCCGAUCGCUUGCAAUUAAAAAAAAAGGAUUUAUUUGGUCUCCUUCUCUCUAAUCGCGUAUUUUUGUGCAUGCAACCUGAUCAGACAAGGGGAAAAAGGGAUUUUCUGUCUUGAGCAUGAGAAGGACUGCCGAAACAUCAGCAAUUCAGCAUCACCGAUCGGGUUAUCAGAAUGAGCACUGGAUACAAGAGCUUCAGCAAGAGAAGUUUUCAUCUCACAAAAUAAAACACAGGGGACUUAAGAUCCCAGCUGAAGGGGAGAAUCAGAUUUAGGUCUCCACAAUGGAGCAAGAAUGAACAGAGAGCGGCUGAAAGAAAAGCAUGAACUGGAGGUUUAUUGAGGUCGUCUACUUCCUGUUUAUAUGGGACCAUAUAACAGUAGAGUCUUCCCACCAGGAACCAUCUAUUGCAGAGCACCAUGUCUCCAAACAAUUUGAUUGGCUUAUCUCAGACCGGGGGCCCUUCCACCAUUCUCGGGGCUAUUUAUCCUUUGUGGAAAGAUUUCGUCAAGGAUUUACAACCAGAUAUAAAAUAUAUAGAGAGUUUGCCCGUUGGAAGGUGAGGAAUACAGCCAUUGAACGGAGGGAUUUAAUCCGCAAUCCUGUCCCUUUAAUGCCAGAGUUCCAGAAAAGUAUUCGCAUGCUGGGAAGAAGACCCUCCACACAGCAGUUCAUUGAUACCAUCAUAAAAAAAUACGGGACCCACAUACUGGUAUCAGCUACCCUUGGAGGUGAAGAGGCACUGACUAUGUAUAUGGACAAAAGUAAACUGGACAGAAAAACAGUCAAUGCUACUCAGAGUGUGGAGGCACUAUAUCAGCUGGCAUCUUCAUAUUUCAUCGACAGAGAUGGGACAAUGAGACGACUUCAUGAAAUUCAAAUUUCCACCAAUGCCAUUAAGGAUGAUCACAACCUCCCAAGAUUACUACUCGUCCUGGCUUCAGUAGCUGUAACUGAGACUCGGACCGGACCUCUUGGUUGCACUAGUUAUGAUAAUCUUGACUCAGUGAGUUCCGUACUUCUGCAGAGUCCCGAAAGCAAACUCCAUCUACAAGGACUGCAAGUCAUCUUUCCAGAAUACCUCCAAGAAAAAUUUGUCCAGUCAGCACUUAGUUACAUCAUGUGUAACGGCGAAGGUGACUAUGUGUGCCGUAACAGCCAAUGCAUAUGUCUAUGUGCUGAAGAGUUUCCACAAUGUAACUGCCCGAUCACGGACAUACAAAUAAUGGAAAAUACACUAGUAGGAAUGUCAGAAAUAUGGGCUUCAGCAUACAAAGACUUUGAAAACUCAGAUGAAUUUAAGUCAUUUCUUAAGAGGCUGCCUUCUACUCAUUUCUUACCAAUAAGCAGCGUUCACCAGCUUUGGGGCAACGACUGGGACUUGCAAGCCCGUUAUAGGCUUCUGCAAAGCUCAAUGGAAACCCACAAAAUGAAAAUGCUCCGUACUGCUCGGAAACUGUUUGGACUCAGUAUCCGUUGUCAUCACAAUCCUAACCACCAAAUGCCUAGAGAGAGAUCCAUAUUGCAGUGGCUUAAUCGAGUCCAAUCUCUUUUAUACUGCAAUGAAAAUGGGUUUUGGGGAACUUUUCUUGAAAGCCAGAGGACCUGUGUCUGCCACACUGGUGCCAGUCUGUGCCAAAGACCCAUUCCUUGUAACAUUGGUGGUAACAACAGUUGUGCUAUGUGCAGCCUGGCUAACAUCUCCCUCUGUGGUUCUUGCAACAAGGGCUACAAGUUGUAUCGGGGGCGCUGUGAACCACAGAAUGUUGACUCUGAGCGCAGUGAGCAGUUCAUCAGCUUUGAGACAGACUUGGAUUUCCAAGACCUAGAGCUCAAGUACCUCUUGGAGAAAAUGGAUUCCCGGCUUUAUGUUCAUACAACUUUCAUCAGUAAUGAAAUUCGGCUGGAUACUUUCUUUGACCCACGGUGGAGGAAAAGAAUGUCACUUACUCUCAAAAGCAACAAGAACCGGAUGGACUACCUUCAUAUGAUAAUCGGACUAUCCAUGAAGAUCUGCCAGAUGAAGAAUAGUAGCAUUGAUCCUAUGUUUUUUGUUUACAUUAAUCCUUUUAGUGGUAGCCACUCUGAAGGAUGGAAUAUGCCCUUUGGAGAGCAUGGUUACCCACGUUGGAAGAAGGAGAGAAUACAGAAUACUCAGUGUUAUAACUGGACAUUACUGCUUGGAAACAGGUGGAAGACCUUUUUCGAGACUGUCCACAUUUAUUUAAGGAGCCGAGCCAAGUUACCUUCAAUGUUACGCAAUGACACAGGCCAAGGGCCUGUAGACCUUUCAGACCCAGCCAAACGUCAAAUAUAUAUUAAGAUCUCAGAUGUGCAAGUUUAUGGAUAUAGCUUACGCUUCAAUGCCGACCUGCUACGCAGUGCCGUGCAGCAGGUCAAUCAGUCAUACACUCAGGGGACGCAGUUCUACUCUUCCUCCUCAGUGAUGCUCCUUUUGUUGGAUAUAAGGGACCGAAUCAAUCGACUUGCUCCUCCGGUGGCCCCUGGAAAGCCCCAGCUUGACCUCUUUUCUUGUAUGCUGAAGCAUCGUCUCAAACUGAAUAACAGUGAAAUCAUUCGGGUCAAUCACGCUUUAGAUAUGUACAACACAGAAAUUUUAAAACAGUCUGACCAUCUGACGACUAAACUCUGUUGAACUUUUUUUUUCCACUUUUUUCAUGUAAAAUUGAAUUUGUAAAUGUAAUUAAUAUGACACAAUUUACAACUCUAAGUUGGAAACGCUUAACAGACUGUACCAUAAUUGGCGGAGCAUGUUUGUUACUUCUUUUAACAGACUAAACGAUAAAAAGAAUGAAAAAGCUGGUUGCUAAGAGGCCUUGAAUUUACCUGGAAAAAAAAAAGAAUAAACUCAUCAAUUACUGCCAUUCGAUCUGUUUGAAAUCUUCUAACCAAAAUCAGCACCAGAUCAGAGCAGUGAAAGAUAUUUUUUCUACUUAUUUCAGCAAUGUGUUUUGCAAAAACAAUGAUGAAGCAUAGAUUUAUGAUUAAUUAAAUAUAUUUAAGACAUGUUGCUGACCAGAUUUUAUCCUUAUUUUAUCUACAUUUAGAUUGGUAGUAUUAGUGGGAUGUCAUAGCACACAAUUACUCAGAAAUGGAGACCAAUUUUUGCGUCUUUGUUGCGUACAGAUCUCUACUAACCAACAAUUUUCUCUUUCUGUGUAAGGAGAAUCACUAAUACUAUAAUUCUGUGUAGCCUUUUAAAUAAAGGCAGUCAUGAUGACUGCAAGAGAUUGAUUUUUAUUCUUUUAUGUUUUUUUGGAGAUUUUUGUCGUUUCACUAAAUUUUGGGUUUGCUUUGCUUUAUUUCCACUGUAUGUAACCUGGACACCAAAAUAUGUGUAUGUGUGUGUAUUUGUGUGCAUACCUAAACAUUUAUGGUAUCAAAAAGAAAAAAAAAUCUCUCCCAACUCCUGAACUUUACCUUUGUUAUUUUGAGAACAGUACAUCAGCUGCACAAAGUAGAUAUGACUGCAAGACUGUAUGUUCAGAAAUGUAGGGCACCGACUAACUGAAUUCAGUCAAAUUUGUUUUGCUACCUGUGCCAGGGUAGUAAUUAGAUGUAUAGUAAAAUGGCAUGCACAUCUAGCAUGCAGAUGUGCCCAGCAUUACAGAUUUUAAAGCAGGAAAGCAUAAAUUAUUUCUGUGGUCACGCAUUUUCCUGUUGAAAAUAGGAAAGCCUUAACACUGCCUGCAGUCAAUUUUUCAUAUUUGGAUUUUUUUGGACUGAUGCAGUGAAAAUUGCAUUUUAUCCCAAUGCAAUUGUUCAGAGUAAUUAAAAUUGGCUUAGAUGAACUAAGCACUCUGAUUUAACUGUUAGCAAACAGAAAAGCCUUUUUGCUAAGUUUGUCCUGUUGCACAGUGCCGAUCUUGUUUUCAAGUCAAUGUGAUUGUAUCCAUACGCCAUUAACUGUCUUUCUUAAUAUUAAUAGUCAAAAAAUAAUUUAAUUAUUAAAGAGAUAUAAGGUCAUUAAAUUGUAAUUGAUUACUACCUUAA